AUGAAGAUUAAAAUUUCAGACGCCGAGGAACUUGCAAAGUCCGCCCUGCAGAGAUUAGGGUACAAUGCCUCCAAUGCAGCAAUCAUUGCGCACCAUGUCAUUGAUAGUGAGUUGAGAGGAUAUUCGUCUGCGGGACUAGCUCGGAUACUAAGCAUCCGUGAUCGACUUUCUGAAAAGGAGCUGAGACAGGAGGUCGUGGUAACUCGCGAAAGCCCUGCCACAAUGCAGCUCGAUGGACAAGAUUCGGUGGGUUAUCUCGUUGCUCGGCGAGCAACUGACGAAGUGAUUCGAAAAGCACGGACUGUCGGUAUUGGAAUUGUCGGUGCAAACAACACGUGGUACACUGGGAUGCUAGCAUAUUACGCCGAAAUGGCUGCCAAAAGCGAUCUGGUGACAAUUAUCGCAUCGAAUACCAGUCCCUGGGUGGCUGCCAGUGGCGGAUACAGACCAAUAUUUGGCACAAAUCCAUUUGCAAUUGGAUUCCCGUCAAGCAAGACGCCGGUCAUCUACGAUAUUGGAACAUCUAAAAUAUUGCACGCAGACGUACUUCUGGCCCAGCGACUGGGCACAGAGCUUCCAGCAGAGUCUGCAUAUAAUGCCAAGGGGGAGUUUACGAAGAACCCAGUCGAGGCUUUGGAAGGGGCUAUCGCGGUCUGGGGAGGGCAUCGGGGCUCAGGACUAGCCCUAGCCGUGCAACUGCUUGGGGUGCUUGCUGGGUCUCCAGCUUUGCCUGCCAAUCUCGAAGACUUUGGGUUUCUGAUUAUUGCUGUCAACCCAGCCAACUUCCAGCCUAUUGAGAGGUUCAAAGAGGAAAUUGACCAUUUUGCGAAAAGUAUGAAGGAAAGUCCGCCGUUGAAUAGCGACAGUCCUCUGAGAGUGCCAUUCGAGCGCUCCACGGCGUUACGUGCCAGGAACGUCAGUCUUGGGGAAUUUGAAGUAGAAGACCGCGUUGUCGAAAUGCUCCGGGGUUAA